AUGCAGGGGUGCGACAAUGACUUAUGUCAAAAAAUCGGCGAAGGCUUUGUGCAGUGGUACUACAACCAGUUUGAUAACACCAACAGAAUGGAACUGGCUAACCUUUACGCGGAAGGUGCUACUCUGACAUGGGAAGGAAUGGUUUUUCAUGGGAGACAAGCCAUCGCUGGCAAACUGACUGGUAUGCCGUUCCAGCAAAUUAAGCAUAUUAUAACAGACCAAGAUGUUCAACCCACUGUAGACAACAGCAUCCUCAUAAUGGUGUUUGGACAGUUAAAGACUGACAACGAUCCGCCGAUGGCCUUCCACCAAGUGUUCAUGCUGAAGCUACAGAACUGCAACUGGGUGUGUACCAACGACGUGUUCCGUCUGGGUAUACACAACAUACCCGUGGAAUCCUAA